UACAGAUUUGCGUGGUACUUGUAAAUUCCUCCAGCGGUGUUGGAGCGGAAGCUGGACGAAGCGAGACAACAAUACUGCGCAUGCGCUCUUUCUGAACGUCAACGACUCGCCAAGAGCCCAUUGGUCGUGCCGGCGCGUUGUUCGCCGAACCCCUCCAUGGCUAUCGUAUCACGCACUCACACAUAUGAGUAGGUCAGCCCAGCGCAAGUAGAAGCCGGGCACCGACUCGUUGGUGUCAGUCACUUGCGUCGAGCGGAAUUGCUUGCUUCAAGAGGACAGGACUUGGAGACACUAGAGAGGGUCCAGAAGAGAGGGAAACUCUCAGAGAAAAAUAAAAAACAUCAUCUCCAGUGACCCUGGUCAGGGCACUCGCGAGGGGCCUAGCUCUGGGGUUGUGAAGCAAUGUCCCUGAGUCCCAAACAUUCUACCCCGUUUUCCGUGACCGAUAUCUUAAGCCCACUCGACGAGACUUGUUACAAGAAGGUCGUCGCAGCCGCAGCAGCCGCGAUUGAGAAUUCAGGACUUGGUUCUGCUGCCUACAGGAGCCCCCAGUCGCAAGCAGCCAUGAACGUACCCGUCACCAACCCAUACAUGCAUAUGUCCCAGCUCUCCCACCCCAACACCUUCCCUACCCAGUACUGCAACGGGACGGACAUCUCGGCGCACUACGGAGAUGUCAGGCAGUCUGCACCAGGAUGGUACAGUACCACACAAGAUACGAGAUUUGCCUUUUCUCGGCUCAUGGGUCCAUCAACCAUGUCAAAUAUGAAUAUGCCCAGUCUCAGUGCUUGCAGCGUAGCUGCCGCCGCAGCAGCAGACCAGAAGGUGGCUUCCGCAGCUGGUGUCCAAUUUCCACUCACUCAACGGCGCAAGCGAAGAGUUCUUUUCACUCAAGCCCAAGUAUACGAAUUGGAGCGGCGGUUCAAACAACAAAAAUACCUAUCCGCACCGGAGCGGGAACAUCUGGCCAGUUUGAUACACCUCACACCUACGCAGGUCAAAAUCUGGUUCCAGAAUCAUCGGUACAAGUGCAAAAGGCAAGCAAAGGAAAAAGCGAUGGCCGAGCAACAGCAGUCCCAAUCUCAAUCUCCAAGGAAAGUGGCUGUGCCGGUGCUGGUAAAGGACGGCAAGCCGUGUUCCACCGGAUCAGCGGAGGACGACGGCAGCAGCGGUGCCGGUGACUUACUUCAGAGCACCGGUCUUCAGCAGCAGUCUCAGCCGCAUCAGCACCAACAGCAGCAGCAGCACCAUCAGCCCCAAGUCUCCGUGGGCGGUGGCGGCGGUCAUAGGAACAGCUGCCUCGGCGACUCGUGUGCCCAAAGUUCAGCGGCGGUGGCGAGGGUCCACGCGCUCGCCCAGCAGUCGGCAUGUUCUCUAACGGGCGGCGGGGCAGGGUCGGCGGCGGCCGCACUGCAGGGGGCGCUGAACGGCAUGAGUGGCUACGGACAGGCCGUCGCCGGAAAUCUGGACUUAAGCGCUGUCACCAAUCCCGCUAUGUGCACAUCGUACUUACAGUUGCAAGGAAGGACUUGGUAAUGACAAAAGUCAUAUAACAUUUAAAAAAAAAAACUAUUAUGACAUGCUAUGCCAUUCUGGAACAAUGGCUGUUCUGAAAAAUUGUACACAUUUAGUACAGAGAGAACCUCUUUAUACCAUACUGGUAACAGUAGUCUUCUGUGGAUUUAUUCCUUUGCAAAUGGAAACUGAUAUGAGAAUGACGGAAGUAGGUAACAUAUAGUUUCAUCAAGAAAGUUUUUAAAAUCAUUUCCAAACUAAUUUUUGCAAAAUCCUUCAGCCACUUCGAAUGCAUUUAAUUAUUUAAAAAAAUGUAUUAUACUUAUGCAGUCAACAAUACUUAGAUAAGCAUUAAAAUUACCAAUAGUAACAAUAGUACCAUGUAGAUAAAAAAAAAUAUUAGUUAAAAAGCGCUUUUAAUGGCGCAAAUAUAGUUAUUAAAGCGUAGGAUAAUACAAACUGUAUAUACACCGCAGAAUAAUUAAGUAGAUAUGUUGUGUUUAUUUGCCUUUGAUGAAGGAAAUGAGGUAUUUGCAUAAAUAUCAGUUAUUAAAUUAUUUACGUAAACUGACAAAUUUUUCAGUUAAAGAAAUAAAAUGAAGUUACUUAUAAUACUUUGUUUUUCUAGAUCAACAAUAAUACAGUUUUUAAUAUCAUCUCCAUAUAAUUACAUUUUUAUUUAUAAAUUACUUUAUUUUCUUUCUUUUGUGGGCAAAAUAAAUGCUGCACAUAUUUAGAAUAAAAUAAAAUGUUACACCUUGGUGUAAUGCGGUGUAUACGCAAAAUGAAUUUCCCAUUGAGUAAUUAUAAAAUGGAUUGAAACAGAAUGAUAAUUAUUGAUUUCUGUAUUUCAGUUCACUAGUUUUCCUCGUAAAUUAUUAAUUAAUAUACUCAAUACUUCGAAUUAAAUGAGGGAAUCGUCAGAAAGUUUUUAGGAACAGCCCGCAUGAAUUUUAAUUAAUACAAUUCAUCUAAUUUUUCAGAAUUUAUGCUUUGCUAAGUACUGAUUCAAACUAAUUACUCAUAUUUUAAACAAUAAAUCUUUGUUGCUAAUCAGUACAUAGAAAUUUUAGAUUUAUGAAAAUGAGGCACAGAAUUUUGAACCAGUCAGGGCUUUCUGCCUUUCUAAAAAUUAAUUAUCUUACUACUAAGAUUUUAAAUUACAUCUGAAAAAUGUUUUAAAUUAAGAGUCAUAACUUAAAUGUUUUUCUGAAUUCAAGAAACUGUGAAAGGUUUUUAGUGAAUAAAGCUACAAUGAUUUAAUUUGAAACAGAUAUUGAAAAUCAGUUUAAUAGAAAAAAAAUGUAAAUAAUCAUAGAAAAAAUAAAAUGAUAAAAAAAACAAUUUUUCGAACUCAGUGAAACAAAAUUCACGUGAUAAUAACUAUUAUCAUGUUAAGUCAAUUUCGGUUAAACUUAUUAAUUUAAUUUAAAUUUAGUCUAAUAGAAAAUAAAAUGCAUGUAAACAUAAAACAAUUAAACGAUAAAUGUUUUCUUCUAAUUUCAGGAAAACAAAAUUUGUUUAGUAACGAUUAAAAGUCAAUUUAAUGAAAAAUAAAAUGUAAAUGAACAUAGAAAACCUUAAAAUGAUGAAACAAUUCCUUCGAUUAGGUAAAACAAAAUUCGUCUAGUAGAGAUUAAAAAUCAGUUUAAACGGAAAAAAAAAAAAAAAAAAAAAAAAAAAAA